AUUGAAAACACUAAAAAAAAUCCUAAUUCACACCAAAAACACUGAAAGCGCAUCCGUAUUCCCGUCACCCGCACAUACAAUUUCUCACCUCCCUGCUCUGCCCACCGAAUAGUUUUCUCGAUUUUCUUCUCCAUGGGAGUAAAAAUGUACUCUGUAUUAUUUUCAGAAAAAAAGUAGACCAACUCUCUCUCGCUCAGAAUUGGAUUUUUAAGCCUCACAUUUUCUUAAUCUCAACUAAAUUAUUAUCUGAAGUGGAUUAGAUCUUUAUAAUGCUGUAUGCUUUCUGAGGUAGAUAUAUGGUGUUGACAUGGUGUUAAGUUCUGUCCGAUUAGUGUGCUAUCUUUGCUUCUGAGUUAUGGCUUCAUUUCCACAUAACUCUGAAAUUGAGGAGCUGAAAUCUGAAAAGUCCCGCCAUGGGAAGCCUCCAGUGCAGAAAAAGGGGCCCUCCAAUAAGUAUUUGGUGGAAGAUGACAUCAAUCGACUUUUUGAUGCAAUCGACCUCCGAACAUCAAAGAGUGUGGAUUUGUCUGACCAGGCAAGAAGGGAGAUCUCAAAAACACCAUUGAGGCCAGGGGGCGGGGCUGAGGGGCAUCAAGAACCAGUGGUUUCUUUAAAACAGGCAUUUAGGGGAUUAUGCAUUUCUCAGGCAGCGGAAAUAGCUUCUAUGAAAAGACUUUCAAAGACCCCAGGGUCCCCCAUGCCAAUGCCUGAAUCGGGAUCCUCUAGUUUUUCUUCUAAGGUAGUGCCUUAUUCACUAAGCCGAAGUGAAAAUUCUUCUCCUAGGCAUUUCUUGAACAUGAGCAUUAUGACAACUGGCUCCACUUUAUUCCAAGAUGCUAAGACACUUCCUGUGAAGAGUUCCUUAAGAAAAGGGCCUCAAUACCGUCAAGAGUCUUCUCUAGGUCAGAAAAACGCUGUGGUGCAGCCCAUUAAAAUGGAAAAGAGAAACUCUUCUCCUCCUCAAUCAUUAAAAAUGGUACUGAAUGAUGAAGAAGUUAAAGACAAGUGCAACUCUGGACCAAGAAAGUUGACCACAAAUCCUUCUAGAUUUGGCAGGACCCCAGUUAAAGGCGCACCUAAACUAAGAAGGAAGGGGAGAUUGCAAAGUGUUCCUUUGUCCAAUGCAACAAAGGGAAACAACAAGGACAUCAAGCAUUCAAGAAACACAUCUCGCGUGGCAAUCCGGAACAAGAAUCUAACAAAGAAACCAAAAGAGGAAUUACAAGAAAAUCCCUCGGACGCUGUUAUGGUUUACGGUGAGGAGCAAGUUGUCUGCCAGAGAUGUAAGUGUUCCUUAGAGGACGUGAAGGAUGAUGAUGAAAAAAACUGCGCUCUUGUUCCAAACAAGACUUCGAAAUACAAAGAAGUGGACUUUUCCCACAGCUCAAAGACUAGCAUGGGUGAGUAUAGUAGUAGCACCACUUUAAGUGAAGAGAGCAAUCUAAGUAGGUCUUGUUCCGGAAUUAGGCCCCACAUGUCAAAGGACAGAAGAUGGGAAGCUAUAAGUCGAGUCAAGCACCAGAACGGGUUUCUGGGUUUGUUUCAUUUUGAUCUAUUGAGGAAGUUGGGUUGUGGGGAUAUUGGUACGGUGUAUCUCGGUGAGUUAAUAGGAACAAAUUGUUUUUUUGCAAUAAAGGUUAUGGAUAAUGAAUAUUUGGCUAUGAGGAAGAAGUUGCCAAGGGCACAAACAGAAAGAGAGAUCUUGAGAAUGUUGGAUCAUCCUUUCCUCCCGACUUUGUAUGCACAGUUCACUUCUGAUAAUUUGUCGUGUUUGGUUAUGGAGUUCUGCUCUGGUGGGGAUCUUCAUGUGAUCCGGCAAAAGCAGCCAAACAGAUAUUUCCCUGAAUCAGCAGCAAGGUUUUAUGUAGCUGAAGUCCUCCUUGCUCUUGAGUAUCUGCAUAUGAUGGGGGUGGUUUACCGUGAUUUGAAACCGGAAAACAUUAUGGUACGCGAAGAUGGGCAUAUAAUGCUCACAGAUUUUGACCUUUCCUUGAGAUGUUCCGUUAACCCGACUCUCCUAAAAUCAUCAUCCUCUUUCCUAUUGGAGCCCGCUAGGGUUUCUGGUCCGUGCACUGGAUCCAACUGCAUAGAUCCCUUUUGUGCCGGACCUUCAUGCCAAGUUUCCUGCUUUACCCCUAGGAUCCUACCUGCCUCUGCCAGAGCCAGAAAGCUAGCAGUGUUGAACAGAUCAGUGCCACAAGUUGUGGUUGAGCCAACCGAGGCCCGGUCAAACUCUUUUGUCGGUACCCAUGAGUAUUUGGCCCCCGAGAUCAUCAAAGGUGAGGGCCACGGGAGUGCCGUGGAUUGGUGGACCCUUGGGGUGUUACUCUAUGAGCUUCUCUAUGGGAGGACACCAUUCAAGGGUGCUGAGAAUGAUGAGACUUUGGCAAAUGUGGUGUUGCAGGGACUGAGGUUCCCAGAUGGGCCUAUGGUUAGUUCUCAGGCUCGGGAUUUGAUGAGAGGGCUCUUGGUGAAGGAACCAGAAAACCGGUUAGGCUCAGAAACGGGAGCUGCUGAGAUUAAACGACACCCGUUCUUUGAUGGUUUGAACUGGGCUUUGAUACGCUGUGCAAUCCCGCCUCUUGUGCCCGAGCUGUGUGACCUUGACAUUCCUGAAAAGAAGUUCCUUGCAGGAGAUGAGCAUAUAGAGUUUGACUUGUUUUAGCAAUGGAUUUCCUGGAGAUCUAUUUCCCCAUUUGGCCAUUCCAGUUACUGUAGCCUUAAAUGUUACAAUGUAGAUGGUGUUGGUGAUAAACACCCGAGUUUUCCUGAUUUGGAUGGGGAGAAAUCUUUAUUUAUCGUUGAUGAAAGUUGUACUGACCGACAAUUCGACAAAUAUAGGUAGGAUGCAGUCGAUGUUGAAUAUAUUUUCUCUG